CUCCACUACCAUAAAGAAACGAUGCUUAAACGGUUAGACGCUUAAACCCUAUGCUACUGCUUAUCCCCGUUAUCCCCACCGCGACCACCGCCUUCACGACAGCCCCUGCCCGCCGCCACAUUGCCUCACGGUUUGUGAUGCUCUUCGUUUCUAUGGCGUCUGCGAACUGAGAAAGGGCCUUCUCGAGUACUCGUCGUCGGUGGCCCUUGCGAGCCUUCCGACGGAGCGUGGGAACUCUCCUCCGCAUGGUUUACACACUGACUCAAACGAACACUGUAAUUCAGAGAGAUUACCAUUGUUAUGGAUUCGAUGGUAUUUUUGCGUUAGAUUAAUGUUGCAGAAGAAGUUGUGGAGUUACAAUUGCUCUUACUUCCCGCAUUCAACACUUUCCAUUGGCAAUAAAUCUGCAAUGUCUUUCCAGCUUAAAUUUAGAAAGACCAUGGUAUCUUGUGUCGUCAAAGCCAAUCAACCAAGAGUUUUCACACUUAUCUGUCAACGAAAUUUUCAUUCUUUCAGAAGCUUUGUUGAUGGGUACAGAUGGGCAUCUAUUAGUUGGCCUGGACUUAAAGUUGGGUAUUCUUGUGAUCGACCUUUGGAUGUUUGGGGUAGUGGUUUUAGAUCACCUUAUACUUGUGCUUAUACAAAGAGGCCUUUCUCUCAGAUUCCAAGAGCAAUAAUGAAUAAAGUCAAUAACAUUGGUGAUGGAGAUGGUAGUAAUUGUGGGAGAACUUCAGCAUCCAAGCUUUCCAAUAAGCACUGGAUAAGGGCAAAGUCAUUGGCUGCUCACAAGAGAAAUGGGGAAGUCAAGGUGCGAGUUGCAGCAUCAAAGCAGGUACAAGGGAUGAAUGCUUCUAAAUCUACAAAUUCACCUCCUGUGGAUAAGGAUGCGGUGCACUCAAGUGAGCAGGUACUUGGAAAUGGGUCUUCACCUGUUGGCAAUAGCAAGAAGGUCAACAAAGCCAAAGGAAAGCAGAACAAACAGUCAGGAAACAAGAAAAGCAAAGAAAAAGCCUCAGGUUCUACAGCCGUUUCUGAUGCAGCAGCUCAGCCAGAAGGUUCUGGAAAAGAUCCUCAAGCAAAAAAAUCCAGUAUGACCAAGAAGAAACAAUCAUCCCCUACUGCAAAGAAGAAUUCUACUGGGAUAAAGUCUAUGGAUGUACCUGACAAUCCUGUUUUGACUAAACAGAGGUUUGAAGGGACAAGUGGAAGAUCAUCCAGAAGCGCAAAAUCUAUGAAAGGAGCCAAGGCUCUAGUUGAAACGCCUGACUUGGCAAAUGUUUCAUCUAGCAAUGAGUCGACGCAGAAACAAAAAUCCCAUGCAAUUAUCAAGGCUAAGCCUCAGGGACAAAAGACAAUGCCGCCACUGUAUCCUCCUACUGGGAAAUCUAUCGUGGUUGUGGAGUCUGUCACAAAGGCAAAAGUUAUUCAGGGCUACCUUGGUGACAUGUUUGAGGUCUUACCGAGCUAUGGUCAUGUAAGAGACUUGGCUGCACGGUCAGGAUCUGUGCGGCCUCAUGAUGACUUUAGCAUGGUGUGGGAGGUUCCAUCUGCAGCCUGGACUCAUCUUAAGAGUAUCAAGGUUGCUAUAAGAGGAGCAAAAAAUCUUAUUCUUGCAUCAGAUCCUGAUCGUGAAGGAGAAGCUAUUGCAUGGCACAUCAUUGAGAUGUUGCAGCAACAAGAAGCUUUGCAUGAAAAUAUCAAUGUGGCCAGGGUUGUUUUUAAUGAAAUAACUGAGUCAUCUGUCAAAAGUGCCUUGAAGUUUCCACGGGGAAUUGACGUAAACUUGGUUCAUGCUUACCUUGCACGUAGGGCUCUUGAUUACCUGAUUGGAUUCAACAUUUCACCCUUGUUAUGGAGGAAAUUACCUGGCUGCCAGUCAGCUGGACGAGUCCAAUCUGCUGCUCUGUCCCUAAUAUGCGAUAGAGAACUGGAAAUUGAUAAAUUCAAACCACAGGAGUAUUGGACAGUUGAUGUUGAGUUUAACCAAAGGGAACUGGGUUCAUUAAUGAACAACUUUUCUUUUUCAUCUCAUUUGACACAUUUUGAUUCCAAAAAGUUAAACCAAUUCUCAAUUGGUUCUCAAUCUGAGGCCCUGGAAAUUGAACAAAGGAUUAAACAAUCAAGCUUUAAAGUGGUUGGAUCUAAGAGAAACAAAAUCCAUAGAAACCCUCCUACUCCAUUUAUCACAUCAACACUUCAGCAGGAUGCUGCCAACAAAUUACAUUUUACAGCUUCCUAUACAAUGAAACUGGCACAGAAACUAUAUGAAGGGGUUGAAUUAUCAGGUGGCAAUGCAGCAGGAUUGAUAACAUACAUGAGAACGGAUGGAUUAUAUAUUUCUGAUGAAGCUAUAAAGGACAUUCGCAUGCUGGUCAUUGAAAGAUAUGGGCAGGAUUUUGCACCAGAGAGUGGUCGUAAAUAUUUUAAAAAGGUGAAGAAUGCUCAGGAGGCUCACGAGGCAAUUAGACCCACAGAUAUAAGGAGAUUACCCUCAAUGCUUGUUGGAAUAGUUGAUGAAGAUUCUUUAAAGUUAUAUAGUCUUAUUUGGGCACGUACAAUGGCGUGCCAAAUGGUACCCACUAUUGUCGAUCAGAUUCAACUUGACAUUCGGAAUGCUGAUGAGUCCAUUGCUUUUAGAUCAACAUGCUCAGUAGUUGGGUUUCUUGGAUACCAAGCAGUUUAUGAGGAUUUGGAAUCUAAAGCAGUAAGAUCAGAUGAGAAUGAAGGAAAUGAUCGCGCUGAAGCCUUCAAAGUUUACAGGAAUCUGAAUGUAGGAGAUUUAUUGGAUCUUGGUGAAGUGGAACUCAAGCAGCACCAUACACAGCCUCCUUCACGCUACUCCGAAGGAUCAUUGGUUAAAAAGUUGGAAGAGCUUGGUAUAGGCAGGCCUUCCACAUAUGCAACAACUUUGAAAGUUUUACAGGAUAGACAUUACGUGACAGUAAAAAACCGCAUAUUAGACCCGGAAUUUCGUGGUCGCAUGGUCUCUGCAUUUCUUUCCCAGAAUUUCUCGGAGGUCACAGAUUAUAGUUUUACUGCUGAUAUGGAAACAGAGCUCGACAAUGUUUCUGCAGGAUUGACUGAAUGGAAAGGCCUACUCAGAGAUUAUUGGACAAGGUUCAGCAGGUAUUGUGAGCGUGCUGCCAACCUCCAUAUUCAUCAGGUCGAGAAGAUGUUGGAGAAAACAUUUGGAGAUUUCUUGUUUGCUGCUCUCCCAGAUAAAAGCAGGACAUGCCCAUCUUGUUUGGAAGGCACACUGAUCUUCAAAGUUAGUAGGUUUGGUGCUGGUUAUUUUAUAGGCUGUGAUCAGCACCCAAAGUGCAAGUACAUUGCUAAGACAUUGUAUGGUGAUGACGAAGAAGAGAUUAGUCCUCCAAAUAACCAAACAGUUGAGAAGCCACAAUUGUUAGGUCUUCAUCCAGGAUCAAAUGAGAAGAUUCUCUUGAAGAAUGGCCCUUAUGGCUUUUAUAUUCAACUUGGUGAGGACAGGAAGGGAUACUUGCCUAAAAGAGCCUCCCUUUCACAUAUAAAAGAUGCACACUCCAUUACCCUAGAGGAUGCUAUUGAGCUGCUGCAAUAUCCUUUGACAUUGGGAAACCACCCUGAGGAUGGCAGACCAGUAAUACUGAAGCUUGCAAGGUUUGGAUUUACCAUCAGAUAUGGUCGCAACAUUGUGUCUGUGCCCAAGAACAUGAAGCCCAAUGAGAUGACCCUGGAUCAAGCAUUGGAGCUCUUGUCAAGCAAAAAUGUAAGACAAUGUGGCCGACCCAAGAGCAAUAAGUCAAAGCUUGAAGAAGCGGUUGAAGCUUUAUAGGCAUCCAGUAUUAUAGCUCCUUGCAGGUGAUUCAAAUGACUGCACGAUAUGUCUGUCAUCCAUUCACAGGAUCUCAUCCUGCAAUGCCCCUUCCAUUGUAGAAGUCUGAUCGAGGCCAGGCUGGAAAGUACGUAAGAGCACCCGGUGGAUGCCAUGAUAUUCUUUUAUAAGCUAUGCUGCAAGUGUUGUUGCACAACGAAUCCUAUUGCUGCAUCAUAGUUUGAUGGGCGAUUUCCUAAUUAUGGUGCAAAUGGGGACUUAGUAAAUAGCCUGGCUGAGAGGGUAUUUAAUGGGCAUCACUUGGCUAAGAAGGCCAUGCUGGGCUCUAAUUUAGAUAGCUAAUGCGUUGGACAGGUACCUUCAUACACACACAUGUACAUGAAGGCUAUGAUUACCGUGGCAUAUUUAAUGUUUAUACUUUUAGGACGUAUACGAGUACGUGAGGGCAAGGAUGCUUCUUUGUUUAGGUAGCGUUCGUUAAAAUGAGCAAGAUAAGGGAGUAUCAAGAUAAAUUUGGAAUGAUUUUUGGAUCAAAAUAUGGAAUAGUCAAGAUAAAGUUGGGAAGCAUUCUAAAAUUUUUA